AUGACUGGCCAAGAUUGUUUUCCUGACAUCGAGAAUGGAUGCACCGAGGCUUGUAAAGCAAAAAUGAUAAAAUAUACCCAGUAUGUUUUUAAAAACUAUAUGAACUCUGUGUGUUGGUACUACCACGAUGUUAAAAUAUUGGAAGACUAUAAUGGUAAUAUAGAUUAUGGUUAUUCAAGUUUUUCGGAUUACAAAUCAUCAAUAGUAAAUGGUUUUAAAGAAGAACAUUCAAGAUAUUUCAACUACACACCACAACUCGAAGAGGGUACCAGUAAGUUUCCAGAUUACCCUAAUGUUUUAAAUGAUGAUAAUAACAACAAUCAACAACAAUAA